CUCCGGUUGGCGGAUUGGCUAGCGUCUCGAUGGCGGACGGUAUGGGGUGCCUAGCGUCGCGACGCUUCCGCGCUUUUCGGCGCCCUCCGACGCCUCGCGGACCUUCUCGCGGAUGCGAGUGACUCCCCGAGGAUGGAACAACUCACCCAGUUUGUCUCGAAAAGCUUCGAUACCGCUACCGUCAACGCGAACGACAACGGUAACGGAAACGGUAUUAUUAUUAAUAAUUCCGGCAACGGAAAUCCAAACGGAAAGGUGCAACGGAUCGUCAAUCAGGAGAUUAACAACGAGUCAACGGGGAUUAAUUGGGAUAUUCAUGGUUCAUCCUUAAAAAGACGUGUCUGCAGGGACGCCUGUGACGCUGCGGCCGCAGCAAUCACGCUUAGCGUUGCUCAUCUUCUUGGUUCCACGGAAAGUGCGACGACUUGCAAUGGAGAUACCAGGUCGCGAGAGUCUCUGGAUGAGGUUUGCCACGGUGAAGCAGCCCCAGAAGACGAGCCACCGUCGCCAGAUGGUAGAUUACAACCUGAGGAUCUCUCCGUCGGAACGAAGCUGAGGGAGAAACCAGAGAGUGCACGUACAAGUGGUCCUCCGAAGACUCCCGAGCUUAAACUCUCAGUGAGAAAACUACUCGGCUGUAGUCCUUCUCCGCCACCUCUUCGACCUUCGCCAUCACCCUCGCCGUCCUCAGCGUCGACGUCCGAUCGUUGUCAAAGUCCCACAGACGGAAUCAUCUGCGGAACUGAUCUGUCGAGGUCGUCUGCGGAACAAACGACACCACAUCGACAGCAUCACGUACCGCGAGGAUCAAACCACCAAACCCAACCGCAGGAUGAUACGGCUAAGGGCGCGGUUUCUACCGGUUUGGGGCAACAGAUAAGAAGCGGAAGCAGUUCCGUCGGUGGAGGAAUCGGGACUGCCGCUGGUGGCGGAAAGCAGAGGAGAUCCAGGACAAAUUUCACUUUAGAACAGCUAGCGGAGCUCGAAAGACUCUUCGACGAAACUCACUACCCCGACGCCUUCAUGAGGGAGGAACUCAGCCAAAGACUUGGUCUGAGCGAAGCUCGCGUCCAAGUUUGGUUCCAAAAUCGACGCGCCAAGUGCCGUAAACACGAAAGCCAACUGCACAAAGGUGUAGCGGGAGGUUUAGUCUUGGCGCCAAGGAGUCCUCCGACGUCCUUAGAGCCUUGCAGGGUGGCUCCGUACCUACCCGCGCUGAGAUUACAUCCACCAUCUCCGCAAGGUGUGUCAGCUUCGACGACCUCGGCAACAGGAUCGGUAGCAGGUUCGGCUUUUGAUCCCGCGGUUCUCCAUUAUGCGGCAGGAGGAUUAUUUUGCCUUCCACCACCUCCACCUCCGCCACCGCAUUCCCAUCACCAACACCAUCAUCAUCAGCACCAGCACCACCAUCAUUCCGCGCAUCCUUUAGGCCUCGCUGCUUCUCUCGCCGCAGCUGCUGCAGCAAGGUCUAAAAACAGCAGCAUCGCUGACCUUAGACUGAAGGCUAGAAGGCAUCAGGAAGCGCUCGGGUUGGACAGGCCGGCGUAAUUUUAAGUAAUUUUUGUUAUUGCCUACCAGAUGUACGGGUUCGUUAACCAUACGGAUUUCGGUGAACUGUAGACUAAGUUUUGCCAUAGAUUCGAAAUUAGACUGAUUGGGUUGAAUAUGAUCACCGAAUGACCCGGGUUUUCGUUUCUCAUUCCCAUUAUACCUACAUUAUACUAUACCAUUGAUGCAGCUACUCUCUUCUUAAUUCUACUUCGGGUAUUUUCAUGUUUCAUAAUAGUCUAAUUAUACUGGUCAAUAAUUAAUAAUCACUGUAUAAUGUAAGUAUCAUAAUUAUGUACGUAAUAUUAUACAUCAUCCUCGGAGGGGAAAUAUAAUUGCGCAACCGAUAUAGUAAUCACAUAAUAAUCAUGACUAUUCCAUCGAUAUUUGAUUAUGGCCGAUCCUGCGGUGCAUAUGUAUAAUAAUUCAUACAAUACCAUGCUGCCGCAUAGGUCACUGUCUGUACAACAACGAAUAACUAUAAAUAUCACGACCACAACAUGCCACAGUUUGAACAAAUUCAAUUUUCAAUCACGUUCUGCGUUGACUUUGAGAAUAUUAUAUAUAUCUAUGAUAUUAUCAAAAAUUUUCAAUUUUCUCAGCCAGCUACAAUACCUAACUUUGAGAGCAGUUGAACUAUAAUAUCUUGGGCGCGAGAAUUGAGACGAUUAAAAUCAUUCGAUUCGCCACAUCGGAGGGGGAAUAUUUUCAACCAUAAGAAAAAAAUAAACUGUUCCAUCUGUGUAUAUUUUGAGAUUAUAUUUUGCCUGCCGCAAAUAUCGCUGCGAUCGUAUAAUAACUUUAACACAAAUGCGAGAUCAACUGCACGGGGAUGACGGUCGCAACUUCCAGAGAACUAGCAAGACAUUAUUCUUGGGGGAUGAUUCACAGCCGGCCCAACUUGGCUCGGACGAACGACUGUAGCAUGGAUACGCCAGCAUGGAAUCGGGGCGAAGAUGAGGCGACUGGACCGAGUGAGCUUUCGGAUAUAGCGAAGCGCUAAUGCAAUAACUGCCCGACGCCGCGGCAGUAGGAUAAAUCAAGGAGAGAGGAGAGAAUGGCACCCGCUUGCCGACCUCCUCGUCGUCCGGUUGACUACGGGGAUGUUCGUAAUCGUGUUACCAUCCCCCCGUGACCCGCCUGAACUUUGGUCAUCGUUUACACCGCGAAUAUCACCCGAUCGAAAAGUGCGACGUUCGAAAUUUUACACUCGAAAUGUGCAACUCCGACAGUUGUAAAAAAAUAAGAACAAUUACGCUUGGGUAUGUUAAUUCUACGCGAUGAUUCGCGAAUUCAAUGUAUCUCUUUCGUUCUUUUUUCUCUGCAGUGGGUUCGGAAAGGAUGAAUAAAUCUGCUGCACAAAAAAGGAAAUGAAGAACAAAAAAAAAAAAAAUCUACGGCGAUGAGAUUGUGAGAUCUGGGGGAGCUAUGAAUGUAUACAUAACUAUCUAUGUAUAUACGAUGUAUAUACUCAACUUAUAUACUUGCAACCGACACACGGCAUCUAUACGGUGCGAUUCCCCCGGGUGAAAUAAAGCAAAGUA